CAAACACACAACAAGCGCAACAGCUUCCUCUUCGUAACCGCCACACAAACAAACAAACAAACUAACAAGCAGACAAAACACCAGCCACCAACGAACCAGCCAGCCAUGUGCAGUGGUGACCGCCGUGCUUGGGGUGUGCGAUGGCGACGGCUGCACGCCGCGCUGUGCGCUGCCGAGGUGGACGCUGCCGUGUUCAUCUUGGGCAUUGACAGCAGGCACUCCAGCGCGUGCCUCAGCUUCGCCUGCUACCUCCUGCCCUCCUUGCAGCACACCCUGCGCAACACAGACGUGCUCGACGACUGCGUGUUCAUCGUCCACACCACACCACACCUCCAGCUGCACGUCAUUGCACCGCCAAGCGCCUCUUCCACCAUCCUGGCCCACUGCCAACACCUGCCAGGCUUCCAGCUGCACGCGUGCGCUGCCCGCGGGCUUCCUCUGGCCCAAGCCUCCUCUUCGCCUGCGCAGCAGCAACAACCCAAGCGCAACGCGCCCGAUGAAGACGACACCGAUGACGAGGAGGCAAUCGAGCUCUUCAAGAUCCUGUCGUUCGUGUCACUGCUGCGAGACAAGCCACGCGUGGCAGUGCCGCUCGGAGGCAAGCCAUGCGAUGUCUUGGAGGGCUGGCCGCUGGUGCAGGCCUCUGCGGCCGAGGACUUUGGUGCCGGCGGGUUCUUCACCCUCACCCACGACGUGAUGGACCUCAGCACUGCCCUGCCACCGCUGCAAGCCGCAUGCGAUGCAGACGCAUGCCGCUCUGUCAUUGCAUCGGCGCUGCCAGCGUUCACGGCAGCGUGGAGCGCCGUUCACUCCGCCCUCGCCCGUGCGGCACCCGCCUCAUCCUCACCAGCACCAACGCGAGCAGGGCAACAGGACGCCAUCGAUAUGACCGAUGUACGCGCGGCGUUCCGCCACCACGUGCAGCAGGCUGGCAGUGCUCACUACACGGGCACAGACAGCACAAGCAGCGACUGCUUCCGGUGCACGACAACACCUGUGUCGCCGUCAUUGCCAGCAGUGGCAACUGCAGUCUGUAUGGAUGGUUGGCUCCCUGGCACGCCGCUUCGUUGCAAGCGCACGUGGCUGCUGGAUGCCUCCUCCCUCUCUCCCGAGGCUCGCGACGCCACCACCUCCGCAACCACAGCGCUGGCCGCGUGUGUGCUGCGCAACACGGCCCACAUCUUCCACCAACACGCCAGCACAAUCGCUGAACUCGCUGUGCACGCGCACACGCAGAACAGCGGCGCCGCAACUCGUGAUGUGGAUGAGACAGAGGCCAUCUCACACGUGCUCAUGUCAGCGCUUCAGCAGUGCUUUCCUCCUUCCACCACCAUCAUCUCCCCAUUGCAGGUCACUAUCACACGCCUGUCUGCACGCGGCGAAGUCAGGCCCUCGCAUCCGUCACCCUCACCGUCGUCAUCAGCAACAGCAGAGCGGUCGUGGGCUGCCGAUGCGCUGACGCCAAACGAGACUGCGCUCUACGUGGAGGUGACGCUUCCACGUGUUGAAAUGAAGCGUGACAGCACGCCCGUGCCCUCCAGCAACGAGGACACUGGACAGACCUUGGAGGCGCGUGAGGGGUAUGAGGUUGUGCUGCAUAACCUGGUCAUGGGUGACACGCUCCUUGUUGGUCACUGCACCACAGCAUCGUCACCAGCAGCAGAGGCACAUCCGUCACCUCCGUCAUCGUCGUCACCAUCAUCGUCAUUGUCGUCGACGGCUUGUUCGUCGCCACGCACAUCACAUGUCCGCGCACAUGUAUUGACAAGCGUAGUCCCGUCAUGCCAUGUCCACAUCGCAAACACGCGCACGGCAUCAGCGUCCACCGCGGCUGCCACCACCACCACACGCAAGGCCGACCCAGCCACAGCACGUGCAUCAGCGCCAGCAGCAGCAGCAGCGGAGGGGCGUGAGAGGCCGCAAUCAUCGCGCCAGCGGGGUGGUGUGCUGCGUAUUGGUGGUUUCUCGCUCGCAUUUCCCGGCGAACCAUCACCAUCAUCCUCAUCAUCAUCAUCAUCAUCAGCAGCAGCAGCAACACCUACGAAGGCUGCCGCAAGCCGCACCAAGGGCGGCAACAGCAACGGCACCCACGACAACAGCAACCACAGCAACACGACCGCCACUGAGAGCGGUAGUGAGGGUGGUGCGAGGCGGAAUCGUGUUGGCACGCCGUCUGCCGCGUCCAUCGCCCGCCGCCGCCACCGCCCGCUCUCAGCACGACGCCCACCAGCAUCGCACCACGACACACACCACGACACACACCAGGAUGCACACCACGGUGCAGCACCAGCAGAAACAACAGCGGCAAGGGAAGCAGCAGUCUCGUCAGCGGCGUCUGCGGGUGAAGCGAGCACACCAGCGCGCGAGAAAGCAAGCGGAGGCAGUCAAGUGUUGGCGGAGAAGGCCACUGCACACCUGCUGUUGCCAGACGGCCAGCAGCUGUCAACUGUGACAGCGGCGUUCAUGUCCGCCAAGUUUGAAUUGUGCGUGGAUGGAUCGCGGCUGCCGCCUGCACGCGCCCGUGUGUUGGGCGCCUGGUGCGCGAAGCUGGACACGACAUUUGUCGCUGUAUUUCGCGUAUCGCUUGCGUCCACUGCACAGUGGCUGCGCGGGUGUGCAUGGGUGGUCGAUGGGGUGGAGGGAAGCGAGAGGCGUAGUGCUGGUGGAGACGUGAAUGCAGGUGAUGGUGAUGAUGGUGGUGAUGGUGGUGAUGGUGAUGAUAGCAGGCAGCCAGAGGGUUGUUGGAUUGUACUCACCAGCGAACUCAACUCGCAACUGCACCACGCCAUUUCCCGCUCGGUGUUUCCCACGUGGAAGGCAGACAUCAAGGCUCAGACGCUUGAGAAGCCGCCCGCGUGUGUGGUAGCAGCGGUGGCGGUAGCAGCACUCGUUCGAUCGAACACGCUUCCAUCGCCUUUCCUCGCAUGGAAGGACGUGUGUGAUGGUCUCCGUGCCCACCCGGCACUUCAGCUGGAGGAGUUGGUUGCGCUGUGCACUGCGCACAACAUCUAUGCGCCUCCGUCUCAUUCCCAGCGCCAUGAAGGACCCAAGCGGCGCCACGCACCGCAGGUUGUGGUUGACGUUGCGGUCGUGAUUACAUCACCGACUGUGCAGCCGGCGCGUGUGUGUGAACUGCUUGGCGCUGUUGCGGGGAUGGCCCCAGGCGUCAUUGUUGAGGACUGCAGCAACCGCGCCACGGAUGUGUCGUCCCUUCGUCGUAUCGGACAAGCCCUCGUGGCCCACGUCCAUGCACACCUUCAGGCCGUGCGUGAAACUAGUGCUGGUGACAGUGGUGAAAACAGCGAUGGUGGUAGUGGUGGUAACAGCCAGGGCAGCAACAGUAAGCGUGGUGGUGCCGGCGUGCUGGGGGCGCAGGCCGUGCUGGCUGUGCAAGGGAGCAUGACGGCGCGUGACAUCGUGACGGAGCUGCAGUGCUCAUCAUCAUCGAUUGUGCGUGUGAACGUGGCCGCUGUUGCUGUUGUGCUGACCUCGAUUGAUGUGUGGCGGGCGCCGUUGGAGUGCCACGUCUCUCCUCCGCUCUCAACGCAUCUUCGCCCUGGCGUGUGCACCCACUGCUUUGUCACACCCGCGCCCCGGACCCUGAACACACAGCCACCAGCACACUCUCAACAACAGCAGAAGCAUGGUGUUGUGAGUGUAGGGGAUGCCAUGUCGCUGGUACGGAUGAUAAACGCGUCUGCGUUCGUGUGCCACCUGAACAGCGCCGCUGCCGUGGACGAGCUCCUGGAUGCAUUGCACACGCGUCCGUUCACGCAUCCGCAAUGCAUGUGGCUGCGUCACCUCACAUCACCAUCCACAACAGCAACAGCAACAGCAACAGCAGCUGGUGUCGAUGUCACAGCAACCACGUCAUCACCACCCGCAUCGUCAUCGUCGUUGUCAUCAUUGUCGUCGUACAUGCACACGUUUGCCGUGGAUGGGGCGCAUGGCGGUGCGCAAACCAUCACUGCAUUGGUCGAUUCUCUUCGCGAUUUUGUGCAGUCGGAAGACGACGAGACGGAGGUGGUGGUGCGGCUGUGGAGCUGUAGCGGUGGCAGGCUGACGACUGCUGUUGGAAGCAGAGGCUGGCACGCACUCGAGACGGCGACGACGGCACAGCCCACGCUGUCACACCCGAUCACAACCCCUCUGCUUCCUGGGUGUUGUGGCAGUGGCGGUGAUGAUGAGAAACGGCAGCAAGCGUGUGCGCUGUGCUAUGUUACAAUCGCCUUCCCGGAGCCAACAACCGAAGCUCAUGCAAGGUCUGUUGCGCACGACGCGCUGAUGCGUGCGGCGACAGCAACAACAACGGUGGUCGUCACGCAGGCACAACGGGAUAAGAUUAAUUUGGAGAUGAGAGGAAGCGAGCUGCCGGAGGGAUGGUACUUCACUGGCCACCAAUAUGUGUCCAUGGAAGGGUCGCGCCAGGCGACACACCCUCUCCUGGAACAGCGGGUUGAAGAGUGGCACACAGCACAGGAAAAGCAGCGACGCGCCCUCGCACAGCGCAUGAACUCUGUGUCGCUUGUGCCGGACAAGCUGCACGUUGGCAUCAACCCUGGCCUGGGUACCGAUGGUAAGCUCGGCGCACCAACACCUACGCAAUCACACACGCCCUCAUCAGCCCCACAACGGCAGUCAGCAGGGGAGGUGGAUAUGGGGCAGCGUGCGAGUAGCAAAACGUCCCCACGGCCGCCACCGACACCGCCACCAAGCAGCUCAGGAGGCCGUCGCCAUGUGCUUCAGCCACGACCGCCAACAGCAAGGACGCAACGCAGCCGCAACAGUGAUGGCGGUGGUGUUCGGCGACCGUCGUCGCGCAGCCGCUACAUGCCCGCCCCUGCGCAGGAUGCCACGGCGCCGCCACUUGCACCACCUAACGCUUCACUCUCACAGGAGACCACGCAGCAACAGCAGCAGCGACAACAGCCAUCGCCACCACACAAGCGACCAACCAGCCGAGGCCAACAGGCUACACGAAGGAGACAGCUGCCUGCUGUCGUCCUCAAGCAACAACCUUAGUGGACCGAAUGUGAGCGUAAAACUUCAGUAAAUUUUCAGUAUCCG